AUGCCAAAACAACCGUUGACAUCGAAGGGAGUGGAAGGUGAGCAAAAAAGGAUCAUGCGACGAGGAGAAAGAACCACUUAUGGCACAAGAGGAACUCCUAGCGAUGACGUGCUUGCUGAGCAAGAGGAAGAAGAAGCUCGACAAGCUCGCACUUUCUUUGCGAAGGAGCCCGAAUUCCUUGCGACCUGGCAAGUUGCUAGUGGCGAAGAUGAUAAUCGCAGCGGCAGCACGACGCCCAGCUGGACCCCAUGCGGAUUCGUUGCUGGACAAAGUACUAGAGACAGCAUGGGAGGCGCUGCAGCGCUUUACGGCUUUGUGAAUCGGCGCUGGCCUUUUGUCAAUUUGAUGGACAAAAAGCAUCCCUGGCGCGUUCGAGAGGAUUGCGUUGUUUCGUAAGCAGAACUUUUGCUGUUCGCGAAUAUUAAAAAAUAUCGAGGGUGGUCGAGAUAUAAUUGCGUCACGAGCACUAAUUGUUUGAUGCCGUUCUUGUGCACUAAUUGGUUGA